CAUAGAGCUAUCAAAUUCAUCAUGACUUCAAUUGCAUCAAUACUCGAGGGUUAUCGUUAUUCUACGUAAACAAACUUCACAUUCCUUUUCAAGCUCAAAGAUAGGUUGAUUGAAUAUAGUUCGCAAUGUCAUCUUGCACAGUUUCACGAUUGGCAAUGCGCUGUAGUCUACGGACUCUGUCACAGCCAGCCAAUCUCUAUCAUCACAUCUCAAAUCAACGGUUUUAUGCUGUUCAAGCUGCUGGAGCGCCUCGUUUCCAGGUUUUCAAUCGCCACACAAAAUGGCUACAAAAGGAGCGAGCUGGUGCCAACUCUGAACAAAGUCGGGAAGCUGAUUACCUCAAGGAUGAGGUUGCAAUUCGAGUAUCAGAAAGACUUCUAGACAUCAAACGCAGAUUUCCUCGAGUGUUAGAUCUCGGCGCAAAUUCAUGCAAUAUCGCACGAGCUUUGGUCCAGGAGAAUCCUGAUCCUGACCCUAACACACCUAAGUCGCCACCACUGGCGACUCGUAUUGACGAAUUGGUUGCUGCUGAUUCAUCUCAUUCACUGCUUCACCGUGAUGCUGAUCAUGAGUUCAACAAUAAGCUUAAUAUCACGCGGACGGUUGUGGACGACGAAGAAACGAUUCCUUUCGAGCCUGCUUCUUUUGACCUGGUGAUGAGCUCAUUGAGUCUCCAUUGGAUCAACGAUCUACCCGGUAUCCUCACACAGAUCAACAACGUCCUCAAACCUGACUCUCCUUUCAUCGGCGCUAUGCUUGGUGGAGACACACUAUUCGAGUUGAGAACGUCACUACAGCUGGCAGAGACAGAAAGACGAGGUGGCAUGUCUCCUCGUGUCUCUCCUUUGGCUGAUGUCAAGGAUAUAGGUGGUCUGCUUCAGAAAGCUGGCUUCAAGAUGUUGACUGUUGAUAUCGAUGAUAUCAUCGUUGAUUACCCUGACACAUUUGCUUUGAUGCAGGAUCUUCAGGCCAUGGGUGAGGGUAAUGCUGUCCUCGGAAGGGAGAUGGGUGCGAUUUCCCGCGAUGUUCUCCUCGCUGGCGAUGCCAUCUAUAAGGAACUUCACGGUAACCCGGAUGGAUCUAUUCCCGCGACUUUCCGAAUCAUUUAUAUGAUCGGAUGGCGGGAAGGUGAAAACCAGCCACAACCUCUGGCCAGAGGAAGUGGUGACAUAAACUUGAAAGAUGUCUUGGAGCAAAAGUAGAGGGCAGAUGAUUUGUAUAAUGUAAAUAAUGUAACACCAGAGCUAUGUUCCGCGGACGGGGGUUUACUCUGCGGGUUAUGAAUUGGAUUCAUGAUUCUAUGUAUUCUUGACCGCUCAUCAUCGCGAGCACGUAUCUGGCCUCUAAACCUUUCGCCAAUCGGUCAUUGUUCGGCCGAUGCAUCCCAGACCAGCGACCUCAACGACCUUCUCGUGCCAACUCAGGAGCACACUCAUGGCUGCAGUGGCGGGCUCGUUCGAACCAGGUCGCCCAGCGAUCUGGCUGAAACCUCCCGUCGAUUGAGGUGUAACCUUGUUUGGUGAUCGCGAAGCUGUUCCAGGGUGAACCGUAGCCAUUCCCUUGUAGCUAUUACAUCGUUAGGUUUGCACACUUAUCCACCCGUUCCAUCAUUAAACGUACAUAUACUUCAUCAGG